AUGGGUCUCGUCAUCUUUGCGUCAACAGGUACCUCCCAGGGCGAGGCAUCGACCAGCCCAGCACGGCGCUCAGCACUGCACCUCGACCUUAACACCAGCUGCACCGUGUUGCUAGAUGAGCUGGCAGACCAGCCCGAGGCCGUGUCGAUACUGCAGGAUGCUAUCGCAGUACUCAAAACUGGCGGCGAAGCGGUAUCACCUACGCUCGACAGCCUCUCGAAGCUGCUCUUGUUUCCAACUUGCGCUCUGCCCGUUGCGUCCCAGCUCCGACCUAUACUCUUGGAUCUGUACAUCCGCAGCGUCAGACAAGCCCAAGCCUCAGACAGCACGGAAGCCCUCCUGAGGGCGCUGCACGCUUCUGCCAUCCUGGUCGGCAUCUUCCCUCACGACAUCUUCGAGCCGCUCAAGCGAUUCACCCAACAAGCCAGCUUCCUUGCCUUGCUCCAGUACCUCCCGACAGCGCAAGCACACGUGCAGCAUCAAGCGCUCUUGGAUCUCUGCAGGAUCGUUGCAGCGGCGCCAAAUGCGCUAACUGGCGAGAUUGGACAAUAUUUCGCCCUAUGGGCUCACCGCGUUACUCUCUCCUCGGAUGCUUCGGUUCGGCUCCCAACACGGUUGUUGGCUCUUCACUUCUUCGCCCUGCAGCAGGGCAUCAGCGAGGAAGGACGCCUUCAAUUGACGCACAAGUGCAUCGGUGCAGUCUCUGUCGGCUCGUCCGAUCUGUACAGUCACGACGCUAUGGCUGCUCUCGUCUUCGAACCGGCUGGAGUCAACGCAUGGACCAUCGAGGUGGAAGAGUUCUCGCGCAUCCAACGCGCUCGCGCUUCGGUCACAUCCCGCGCUGUAGCAUUCCUGCCAUCGCAUGAUGAAGCGAAGGGCUCAGAGAGCAAAGGGGUGACUCUCUCUCCUGACGCGCUCUCUUCCGAGGUAUGCUGCGUUGGUGGUGUGUUGCUUGCACGCUCCCCGCAGAGCAUCACGCUCGACGACUCAAUAUCACCGGAGGAUCGCUUCAUCGAAACCGCAGGCGUCACUCCUUCGUUGAGCGAGCUCGCCCUUCGCCUCAGCCUCAACUAUCCCAUCUUGCUCUCUGGUCCAGCCUCCAGCGGCAAGUCGAGCUUGAUUCGACAUCUCUCUCAGCUGCUCAAGGGUGCAGAAUCAGCCUCGACGGCAAGCCACCUCCUGUCCAUUCAGCUCGGCGACCAGUCUGGUAUCGACGCAAAGCAGCUCCUCGGCUCUUUCGUCUCGAGUCCCACAGAGCCAGGAAAAUUCGAAUGGACCGAAGGCGCACUCACACGCGCCGUGCGUCAAGGCAAAUGGGUCGUCCUGGAAGAUAUCGACAAGGCAGGAUCCGAGGUCCUCAGCACCGUAGCCAGACUCGUCGAGCAGCUGGGCCCAACGAAGGCACCCGGCACUCGCACCACCAUCGAUCUCGGCACUCGUGGCAAAAUCGCGGCAGGUGACGGAUUCGCUCUAUUCGCCACACGCUCCAUCACAUCCUCAGUCAGGAACGCAGCUUCUCCUUCCAGCGCCACCUUUCUCGGCAGCUCGCACUGGUCGGAAGUCGUCAUCGACUCACCAACUCAAAAGGAUGUCGACAGCAUUCUGAGGAACAAGUUUCCUCGUCUCGCACAUCAGCAGUCUCGCUUCGUCGAUCGCUUGGUCGCUACUUGGUACAAACUUCAACGCGCCACACAACCUUCAGCCGCGACUUCGCAUCCAAGCACCAAGGUCUCGGUCAGCACGGCCGGAAGCGUCCGCACUGCGACCUUGCGCGAUCUCAUCAAGUGGUGUCGCCGUGUCGAGCGUCUCCUCUCUUUGGACCUCGAGACGCUCUCUGAUCCGCUCAACAACCCCGUGCAGCAGGAAGAGAUCUUCAUCGAGGCUUGUGACAUCUUUCUCGGCUCCGUGCCAGAGGCCCAGAACAUGUCACAAACUUCAGCUGCGGGCGCCUCCCAGACCCCGAAGGUAGUCAAUGGCAAAAGCGCGGACCGCUACAGCGCACUCGUGGAGCUGCUCGCAGAAGAGCUCGGCUUGACCGGCGAGAGAGCAUGGUGGGCACUCAAGCAACGCCUUCCAGAGCUCUCCGUUCGGUCGUCAGAGUCCGUCCCAAAUCCUUCGUUGGACGCUGGCUCCAGUCUCAUUCGCGUCGGGCGCUGCGAGCUGUCGCGUCGUCGCUCCAAAGCUACAGCGAAACGCGCCGCGCCGGUCUCGAGAAAGUUUGCCAUGACCAAACCAUCUCUGCUUCUGCUCGAGAGGCUGACAGUGGCCACCGCUCUGGCUGAGCCUGUACUCCUCGUCGGCGAAACAGGCACGGGAAAGACAACGGUGGUCCAGCAUCUGGCUUCGCUCCUUGGUCAACCCAUGACAGCGCUCAACCUCAGCCAACAGACAGAAAGCGGUGACUUGCUAGGAGCUUUCAAGCCGCUCGAUCCCAAGAUUCCAGCCACCGAAUUGCACGACCAGUGGAGCUCACUCUUCGCUCGCACCUUCUCAUCUCGUCGCAAUGCUCGCUUCGUCGACGCCGAGCGCAAAGCUUUUGUCUCGGGCAAGUGGUCGCGCCUAGCCCAGCUCUGGCGCGAAUCGGCCAAGAUGGCGUCGCAACGGAAGAAGGAGUCCGCCAAGAAGGACGCUGACAUCACCACCGCUGACACGAACGGCCGCUCGGACUCUGGCUCGAGAAAGAAGCGCAAGACAGAGCAAGGUGCAACGGAAGGAUCGUCGGCUGAUGUCGACGACGCACGCGCAGAGGCGGACCUUGAUCGAGAAUGGGUCGAGCUCGACGCAAAGGCACGGGAUUUUGGCCUGCAGCAUGGCAGCAAGAAGAAGAAUCUCGUCUUUUCAUUCGUCGAAGGGCCUCUGGUCAAGGCGCUUCGCCAAGGUGACUGGAUCUUGCUCGAUGAGAUCAAUCUGGCCGCUGCCGAGACGCUCGACAGUCUCACGGGUCUUCUGCAAUCCCCGACAUCCAGCAUCACCCUCACGGAACGUGGCGACCUGGAGCCCAUUCCCAGGCAUCCCAACUUCCGUCUCUUCGCAUGCAUGAACCCUGCCACUGACGUUGGCAAGAAGGAUCUUCCAGCGAGUCUGAGGUCGCGCUUCACCGAGCUGUACGUGCCAAGCCCUGACGCGGACCGCGACGCCCUCACAGCUAUCGUGGAGAAGUACAUCGGCGAGCAUGCUCUUGGCGAUCGAGGUGCCGUUAUGGACGUGGCCGAGUGUUAUGCCGAGAUUCGACGUCUGGCGCAGCAGCACCAACUCGCAGACGGCGCCAACCAGCGACCUCACUUUUCCAUUCGAACGCUGUCCCGCGCCUUGACCUUUGCCACCGACAUUGCACCACAGUACGGCCUGCGUCGUAGUCUCUGGGAAGGCUUCAUCAUGGCUUUCACGCUCUUGCUUGACGAUGCAAGCGCGAGGGUGGUGCGGGCCAUCAUCGAGCGACACACCCUCACCAAGGCUAAGAACGCCCGCGCCAUCGCCACCUUCGUCCCUCCUGCACGUAAGGGCACGGAUGACGGCGACUUUGUUCAAGUCGGUCCAUUCUGGCUGCCAACAGGACCUGCGCCGCUCGACCCUGCCGAAGAUUACAUUCUCACGCCUUCCGUGCAGAGCAAGCUCGUUGGCCUCUCACGAGCGGCUUUGACGCGCCGCUUCCCCGUCCUCAUUCAAGGACCAACAUCAGCGGGCAAGACGAGUGCCGUUGAGUUCCUGGCUCGACGCACCGGCCAUCGUUUCGUUCGCAUCAACAAUCACGAGCACACCGACAUUCAGGAGUACAUUGGCUCUUACGCAUCGGAUCCUGACUCGGGCAAACUGAGCUUCCAGGAAGGCCUCCUCGUCAAGGCUUUGCGAAGGGGAGACUGGAUCGUCCUGGACGAGCUCAACUUGGCGCCCACCGACGUACUCGAGGCUCUCAACCGUCUCCUCGAUGAUAACCGCGAAUUGGUCAUUCCCGAAACCGGCGAAGUCGUCAAGCCUCAUCCGCACUUCAUGCUCUUCGCCACGCAGAAUCCUCCUGGUCUCUAUGCCGGGCGCAAGGUCCUCAGUCGCGCCUUCCGAAACCGAUUCCUGGAGAUCCAUUUCGAUGACGUCCCUCGAGCCGAGCUUGAGACGAUCUUGACCAAUCGAUGCAAGAUCGCUCCGUCUUACUCUUCGCGCAUCGUCGGCGUCUUCGAGGAGCUGCAGAAACGUCGUCAGGCUGGCCGUGUCUUUGAGACCAAGCAGGCCUUUGUGACGCUGCGUGACCUGUUCCGCUGGGGUAAUCGCGAGGCCGUGGGCUACCAGCAGCUUGCAGAGAAUGGCUACAUGCUCAUUGCAGAGCGAGCGCGUCGUCCCGACGACAAAGAGACCGUCAAGGAGGUCAUCGAGAAAAUCAUGCGUGUCAAGCUCGACGUCGAUCGCAUGUAUCUGCUUGAGGGCCCGGAGAGUGAAGCCACGCUGGCGCGUAUCGGCCAAGGACUUGGCAACUCUAUCCUCAAGACGUUGUCCAACACGAGCAUCGUCAGAACGUCCGCCUUCCAGCGAUUGCUGUGCCUUGUCGCCACGAGUCUGCGAUACAACGAGCCGGUGCUCCUCGUCGGAGAGACAGGUGCAGGCAAGACAUCCGUCUGCGAAGUGCUGGCACUUGCUUUCGGCCGCGAGCUGCACUGCGUCAACUGUCACCAGAACACCGAUACGGCGGAUUUGCUCGGUGGUCAGCGUCCUCUGCGCAACCGAGCCGCCCUGCAGAACUCGGCAAAGAUUGCCUGCAUCGAGGCCCUUGAUGCCCUGCAGAUCGCGCACGAGCUGACCCCAGAGAGCAAGCUCGAGGAUGUGUCCUCCUUCACCGAGUCGUUUCUUGCGAAAGAGGCCCGGCAGCUCACCGCGCUUCCGGAGGCGCAGAAGGACGAAGCUCGACAAGCGCUGCAAGAUGCACUGCGCGCUGUGUAUCAAGCAACGGCUCUGUUCGAAUGGCAGGACGGACCGCUUGUCCAAGCGAUGCGCGCCGGCGAUCACAUCUUGCUUGACGAGAUUUCUCUCGCCGACGAUAGCGUGCUGGAGCGUCUCAACAGUGUUCUCGAACCUGCAAGGACGCUGGUCCUGGCUGAGCGAGCGACUUCGUCCAGCCAGCUGAACUCGGAGUCGGAUCUGUCGGCGUCGCAGAUCACAGGCGCGGACGGCUUCCAAGUCCUCGCCACCAUGAAUCCUGGCGGUGACUACGGCAAAAAGGAGUUGUCGCCCGCUUUGCGCAACCGCUUCACUGAAAUCUGGGUCCCUCAUGUCGAUAUCCGUGCCGAUCUGAUUCAGAUCAUCAACGCACAGUGGAAAGACGCGAGUCUGUCGGCAUGGACGGAGCCCAUCAUCGAUUUCUCGGAUUGGUUCAUCCAUCAGAUUGGCGGUCGCGACCAGUCUGGUCUCGGUUUGCGCGACCUUCUCACAUGGGCUUCUUUCAUGAACGAGCUUGCCGUCAACGACCUCCUCGAUCUGGCUUUGGCUUUUGCUCAUGGCGCGUCUCUGACCAUCAUCGAUGGUCUUGGGGCUUUGCCCGCGACAGCCGCCAUGACAGCAGCAGGACUAAGUCAGCUGCGCGACCGCUGCCUCACUAAGGUAGCAGAGCUGAUUGCGCCGCAAGAGUACGACCCCAAGCUGUCCAGCCUGUUCGAGGUGGAAGUCUCAGACGAGCGACUUCGCAUCGGUCCCUUCAUGAUCUCUCGAGGAAGUCUGGGACUGGCUUCACAAGCGUCGUCUUUCAGCUUCGGAGCCAAGACAUCUGCAUCCAACGCAAUGCGAGUCCUCCGAGCGCUUUCGGUGCCAGGCAAGUCGGUGCUGCUUGAAGGCAGUCCGGGAGCAGGCAAGACGAGUCUGAUCACUGCUCUUGCUGCGGGAGCUGGUCGUCCGCUCACGCGUAUCAACUUGUCCGAUCAGACCGAGCUCGUGGAUCUGUUUGGCUCCGACAUGCCACUGGAAGGUGGUGGUCCUGGCGAGUUUGCCUGGCGCGAUGCCGCCUUCUUGACGGCCAUGCAGCAAGGCGAAUGGGUUUUGCUCGACGAGAUGAAUCUCGCGUCGCAGACCGUGCUCGAGGGUCUCAAUUCGUGUCUCGACCAUCGUGGAACCGUCUACGUCCCCGAACUCGGGCGCUCCUUCACCAAGCAUCCGAACUUCCGCAUCUUUGCGGCUCAGAACCCUCAUCAUCAGGGCGGCGGGAGGAAGGGUCUUCCGAAGUCAUUCCUCAACCGAUUCAUCAAGGUGCACAUCGAGGAGCUCACCGGCGAUGACAUUCUUGCCAUCAGCUCGCAUCUAUAUCCCAACUUCGACGUCGAUCGGCUGCAACAGAUGAUCCGUUUCAACUUCGAGCUUCACCACGAAGUUGUCGUCAGGCACUCCUUUGGCCGGAUCGGAGCGCCUUGGGAGUUCAAUCUGCGGGAUCUCAUGCGAUGGCUCGACCUGCUGCACACCGAUCUCGGUCUGAACAAGCUGGGCGAUCCGAUCGAGCAUCUUGCUUCGCUCUACGUCCUGCGCUUCCGCACUCCUGCUGAUCGCCAAGCAGCUCGCGAGCUGUAUCGCAAAGCCUUUGGCGUCAGCUCGCACAUCGACUCGCACAUUGUGCCGACGCUCACGCCCAGCCAGGUGCGAAUCGGACAUGCAGUGAUGCAGCGCAAGCCGUCGCUCAGUGCGGACAAGCAACGUCUCGUGCUGCUUCCCGGCCAGUUGCCCGCUCUUGAGGCUCUGAUCGACUGCGUGCACAAAGAGUGGCUGGCUAUUCUAGUUGGCCCCACAGGCAGCGCCAAGACGAGCAUCGUGCGACUGCUGGCCCAACUGGCAGGUGCGCGUCUGGAGGAGUUCCACAUGAACUCAGGCACCGACACCAUGGACCUGAUUGGCACGUUCGAACAGUACGACCCCCUCGCUCGAUCUCGCCACGUUCUCAGCACCCUGUUGCUCGAGAUGCAGCGAUGCUCCGAAGCCGUCGCUUCUCACAACACGGAUCGAUUUGCUGCUUUCACGGCCGCUCGCAACGUGCUUGAAGCUGUGACGCAGACUUCUGGAGCGGCUGUACUCCCCGAGAGCCUGUCUCAGGCCAUUGAGGCAGUGCAAGCUGCCGCCGGCCCGGUCGGCGGCGAAAGCCUGAAUGCUGCUAUCGAAGAAGCAUUGGCAGUGGCGACGCAAAUGGCGCAGAGCUCGGCAGACACGCAGAAGGCCACUGGAAGGUUCGAAUGGAUCGACGGACCGUUGCUCCGUGCGCUCCAAGAGGGCCACUGGCUCAUGCUCGACAACGCCAAUCUCUGCUCCGCAUCGGUGCUCGACCGGCUCAACUCGCUCUUCGAAGUCAAUGGCUCCUUGGUCAUCAGCGAGCGCGGCGUCGUGGACGGCAAGGUGCCAGUGGUGCGACCUCAUCCCAACUUCCGUGUCUUCAUGUGCCUGGACCCAAGGCACGGAGAGCUGUCACGAGCCAUGCGCAACCGUGGCAUCGAGAUUGCUCUCCUGCCACAGCAGAAGGCAGCGUCGAGCGAUGUCGAGAGACUCACGCAGCUCUGUGGUGGCGGUUCCACUUCGGCCGCUGUCACAUCGGCUCCCGCCCAAAGGGUGCUCAUGGACGUAUCGCUGCAUGCUCAGAUGCUGCAGCGUGGCCUCAACGAGAGCGAUGCGCUGGAGGCUGGCGAGAUGCUCGUAGCUCAGCACCGAGACGCGGCAAUUUGGACCUCCAGUCAGUUGACGCUCACCAACUCGUCGCUGGCAUCUUCCGCCCUACCUCUGUACCUCACAGAAGGCGAAGAGCGCGCGUCCGAGGCGGCAGCAUCUCUGCUAGUCCGUCUAAGCCCUCCAAAGGCCUUGAUGCUGACACGACAGGUGAUGGCCAGAUCCUCGCCCUCGGUCUCGAACGACACGUCCGCACUGCUGCAGGAACUUGUGUCGUCACCCGCACUCCUGCUUUCGUCGAUGCAGGUGUUGCAGCACUGCUUGGUCGACACGCAACGCAUCUCGCUGGGGCUGGCGGAUCACUUCGCUCUCGAUCUCCGCUACGACGACAAUGUGUUUCAACUGUUGGAAGCGCAAGGCGUACCGUCCCAAGCAGUGCACGUUCUGUUGGCUGCCAUGCUUCAACGAAUCGGAGCUCAAAAGAUUAUCGAAGGAGCGUCCGCCAAACGAGCCCAAGACCUCAGCAUCCUGGAAGGCUCGGCAAGGCUCAGCAGCACCGCCAUGGUGCAUGACGAAGACCAGGCUACCACCGCCGUGCGCAAUGUCUUCCCGUUGAUCAUCGCAGUGCACAGAAUGGUUCUUGCUGCCAUGCAGGGCGGACGCUCGGCAAUUUUGCCCGCUUCAGCGCUGCGCCAAGUUGCUCUCCUUCUGCGUUCUGCAGAGUAUAUGCAAAGUCUUUGCACGUCCACGGAGCUUGACUUUUCUUCCAUCCAGAUCCUCGUGCGGUUCAUGUCGGAUCUGCUGCGGGAGAUCAGCGCGGCUGGAGUCGAGAGCGACGCCAACCUGGUCGAGACCAUCGACUUGCUUGGCGGCUCUCUCCAGCUGACCUCGGGUAAGGCUCUCUUCCCCAUCUGGUCUCUUCUCGGCGCGGACGAAGGCGUUGCCGGAGAUCUGCUCAAGAACGCUCUCGAUGUGGCCGCCACUCUGUGCGCAGCAGGCAAGCAGUCGGCUGCGUCUUCCGAGCUGAGGGACUUGAUGCAGCUCGGAUGGCAGACGUUGAAGCUGCUCCGAUCAGCCGGCCAUAAAGCUGCUCAAGGUCCAGAUCAGCAUGCUGCUGGUACCACCACGACGGACAGGGCAGAGGCUACGCUUCUGAACCUGGCGGAAGUGUCGACCAAGACGCACGACCUUUUCAGUGGAGCACAAGCGUCCAGGAUGAAGCUCAUCGUUCAUCUGCUCGAGGCCCAUGCGUCGCCGUCCAUGCAGGCGGCUGCUGCGCCGUUCAAAGCGGCCUUGUGGGCUUCGGACCACGGCUCUGAACCUUCUAAAGCGCUGCUCGCCGACUUCUCCUGGAUGCGACGUCUCUGGCCAGUCGAAGUAGGCCAGACUUCGACAAGCGAUGGGCCUGCUAUCCUCUUGCGACCUUCUGCCUUGCAGACGUUGCUCGGGUCACGCUUCGGAACCAGAUCGCUUCUGGAGAAGUCGCUUCACGAUGCAUCGGUCGGCCGCAUGAUCAAGAGCGUUGGCGCCGCCUUGCCGGCAAGCUCAGCAUCUCGCGCAGACAAGCUCGUGGGCGCCUUGGUGCGCUUCGUCUGCAUUGUCUCCGAGACGCUGUACACCGCUGCUCUGAAGGACUUGCCGGAGCACGACCUUCCCACGGCCAAGCGCAUGCAAAGUCUGGAAGAGUGCAGCACAGUACUCAAGAGAGUGCUCGGAGGUACACAACGUCUCGCUGACAGCACCGCUGCUGCACUCACGGACUGGCUCGUCGUUCUUGAAGGCGAUUUGCUACCCGCCCUGUCGAACCCCAACGGAGGACAAGACGCACAGCUACUAGGACGCGCUUGGAUCUCGGUCGCUCUGAUCAUGCUGCAGCUCUACCUGCCCAAUGUUGCACUCGACCCGAUCGUCGCUCGCCGCACCAUGGCCGAAUUUGGGGACUUCUGCCGCGUCCAACUCGAAAGCGCCAUGGGACUCGAGAUCUACGCAGAGUCGAUCGUCACGGGUGGGACCGAGAACCGAGUCAUCCGCGACUUGCGAGCUCAGAUCGACGAGACCAGAGUGCAGCUCAAGACGCAAGGUGGUGACCGCGCUCAAGCGUGGCGCAAGCCCAACCUCAAGCUCCUGUCGCAAUUUUACCGCGAGACGUCGUCGUUCUUGCGCGAAGUCGUGACCGCCGAGCGAGUGGCCGAUCUUGUCCGUGCCUUGACGGACGAACCAUCCGAGCAGGCAGAGCAGCGAGAGGCGAGCUUGCAAGCCAGCGUGCUAUCGUUCGGCGAUCGACUCCGCAAGACAUUUGCCGAGCUCCGUGACAUGGUGGAGCCCAUCAUUGCGUCGCUGUUGCAGCUGCAGAUGGGUCUGCGUUUGGUGCGACAGGCUGCACGCAUCGCGUCUGCCCCUGUAGAUGUCCAGCAGCGUGGCACUAUCGUCGAGGCAUUGGUCACCUUCCCGACCGCACACAGCUCGAUCUUGCUCCGUCAGGCAGAUUUCACGGGUCAGCUGCAAGCGCGUUCCGACAUCUCCGCCUCGCUUCUCAUCGCCUCUACAACAUCGGUCGCGUACGACCACGCGAGUCUGGGCGUAAAUGUGCUCGAAAGUCCAGACACGCUGCGCAACAUCAGCCGCAGCUACGAGAGGAUCUUCCAGCUGUGGGCGCUCGACCGGGAGCGAGCAAAGCGCGAAGAGGAAGAAGCGGUCAGCUUGUACAAGUCGCGCAAGAUCGAAGAGUCGAUCGAGAUGGAUGCCGAGGCAGAGGAGAAGGAGUUCCACGCCCUGUUCCCAGAGUACGACGACGAUGUUCUGGACGGCCCACGACCCGUUGCUGGUGCCAACGGCCAAGAACAGUCGAAGCACAAGGGAAUGCUGCUGCCUCCGCCACGCUUUGCAACCGUCUUGAGCGCCCACCUGGCCAUCUUUGGACCGCCAUCGCGCAAGGCUGCCGCCGAUCUGUACCAGCAAGAGCGCGACAGUCUCGUGACCAAGCUCGUGCGCAAGCACCACGAGGACUGGCCCGAGGCCAUAGACCAAGUCGGCGCUGCUUUCGGUCUUUCAGCAGCCAUCGACGAUCAGCUCGCAUCGAGCCAGACAGCAAAGGACUUCAACUUCUACCUGGACGCCCGACCGGCUGAGGUCCGAAAGGCGACGGCAAUCAUCGAGGAGCUGCGAACCCGACUUGGCGUUCUGAUCCAAGAAUGGCCCGAGCAGAUGGUCUUGCAGCACAUCCGCGAUCGUUGUGAUGCUAUGCUGCGUCUCGAUGCUGCGAGUCCUGUGGCCAAGAUGCUGAGUGCGCUCGAGCAGCUGCUCACGCACACCGAGGACUGGGAGGGCUUUGCGAGCUCGCAGACGUCCAUCCAGGCAAACCGAGAGCGCAUCUCGGCUCAGAUCAUCGAGUGGAGGCGACUGGAGCUGUCAUGCUGGGCCGAGCUGCUCAACACGCAGGCACGCAACUUCGAGAACGAGCUUGGAGAGUGGUGGUUCCGCGUGUACGAGAUUCUCAUCCGCGGCACUCGAGCUGCUUCCGCCGACGGUGCUGAAUCGUUCAAGAGCCACGUCGAACAGCUCAUCGAUGCUGUUGAUCAGUUCGUCCGCUCCAGCCCGCUGGGUCAAUUCGAGUCGCGUCUGUCGCUCCUCGAGUCGUAUGGUCGCUUCAUCGACCACCUUGUCCGCUUGGCACCACCCAAGGAGAGCCAAGGUCUCAAGGAAGUCGGUAUGGUCUUGCAGAACGUCACUACGUUCUUCCGUCAAUUCGACGAACGCAUCUCUGGCACCCUGCAGAGUCAACGAGCGGUGCUGGAGAAGGACAUCAGGAGCUUCAUCAAGCUGGCCAGCUGGAAGGACAUUAACAUCCAUGCGCUGAAGCAGUCGGCACAGAAGACGCAUCGACAGCUGCACAAGACGCUGCGCAAGUUCCGCGACAUCCUUCGUCAGCCGGUGGAUCCCAUGCUGGCGUCGCAUCUCGAUGCUCUCACGCGACGAGAGAUUCCGUCGUUGCACAUCGAGUCGCGCAGUCUCCGAAACGGGCUCGACAUCAGCGAGGAGUCGAGCGAAGCUUGGGCCCAGGCCGUCUCGUUUGCUAGCCUCAAUAAGGCUGCACCAGAGCACAUCAGAAACGUCGCAAAAACCCUUGCCGUGCUUCAGAAGAUGGCAGACGACCGGCUGUGGCCCACCUUGCUUCGACCCACCACCUCAGCAGCCGGAGUGGCCGAGCUGGCCGACGAGAUCGUCGACCGCCAGCAGCAGCUUGCCAAGCUCACACCAGCCUUCUCCAAGGAGGACAACGAAAAGUCGAUAAAGAAUCUCACCGCACGCAAGCGCAAAGCGUGGUCCGACUUGCUGAAGGAGCUCCGCCGCAUCGGCCUCAGCUCGUUCGUCAAGACGGAUAUGGCUGCGAUGAACCAGAGCGUGAUGCACAUCUACACGCGGCCUGCACUUCUCGCGGCCUGCCCUGCUUCGCUGUCGGAGGAGCCGUUCUCGACACUGGAGAGGCUGUUCUUCCGCCUGCUCGCCGCGCUGCCCAAGGUGCGCGACUCGUUGCAGAGCCACAGUCCGGACCUGUCGACGUCGGAGCUGCAGCGCGGCAUCAACUACAUCGAGCACAUCACACAUCUCGUGCUUCAGGAGCGCGAUCGCAUGUUCGACGAGCUGCGGUCGUUGGCGACGCUCGAACAGCUCACAGGCCGAAUGCGAGAUCUGCACGCCGCAAAGCUGGGCGCAGCCACGAGGGCUUCCAGAGCGACGCCAUUCCGGGCGCUCGCCGACUUCCUCGCUCGUCUAGCAAACGCGCUGGACGAGAUCAAGACGCAAGCGCCCAAGUUCCUCGCUACUUCCGCGUUCCCAGCGGUGCUUGGCGAGACGCUCACCGGACGCCUGCCCGCGCUCGUUGUCGAACUCACCAAGGCAGCCUCGCAUCUCGAGAAGAUCGCCAAGACUGCUCUCGCUCAAGACAAAGACGGUCUCUUCUUCCUCACAGAGCAAGACUGCUCGGCCAUCGACGCAGCUCGCAAACUCGUCGGCGAUCUGGAGCGAGACCUGCACGACCAUGUGCAGAUCCUCCCUGCGCUGGAGUCGCUCCUGCACCCUGUAUGGAAGUGGACAGCCGACAGUCUUCCGCUGUUCGAGCGAUGUCUCGCCACUCUGGACGCGCCUUUGAAGGGCGCCGCGAUACCGGAGGAUCUGGUGCAGCAGGCAGGCACCGUCAUCUCGGCCGUCCUGCAGGUUGCGCAAGACGUCCGUCGAUCUGGCGCCUCGUCCUCUGCAUCCACUGCAGAGGCUUCGGCCGACAGUCUUUCCGACAAGAUCGUCACGACAGAGCUGCAGACACUCCAGACGCAGCAAGCGAUGCUGCGCACUUCGUCGGUGCUCGCCGAAGUCUCGAAGUUUCUCUUGCUUGCUCAGCAGCUGCCCCGCACACCUGACUCGGAGACACUUGUCCAGGUCCAGCUCACGACCGUCUACCCGUUCCUGCACGAAUACUCGGAGCUUCUCCGGGCGCACCUGCUUUCGUCGGCUCAUUUCUCUCGCAGCCUGCUCAAGCUCGACCACACACUGUGUCACCUGAUGACGGCGUUGGCGAGCAAAGGGUUCUGCAAGCCGCCCGAGGAGUCGACCGACGAUGCCGAAGGCGGCGAGGACGGAGAGCAGCUCGAGGGCGGUACCGGCUUGGCGGACGGGAGCGGCGCAAAGGACAUCACGGACCAGAUGGAGGACGAGGACGAGAUCGAGGAGCUCCAGAAGGACGAUCCGGCGGACGAAGGGGAGGAGGGAGACAAGACGGAGCGCGAGAAGAACGCCAAGGAGGCCGACCAGGUGGAUGGCGAGAUGGAGGACGUCAGUGCUGACGAGGGAGAUGGAAGCGAUCAGGAGGAAGGAGAGGACGGAGAGCAGCCGGAGGAUGCGGUAGGUGAUGUUGACCCGCUCGAUCCGAAUGCGGUGGAUGAGAAGGUGUGGGAUGGAAAUGACGAGGAUGAAGACGACAAAAAGGAUGCACCAGAGGACCAGACGAACAAGGACCUCGGUGCGAACGAUGCCGAUGGCAAAGACGCCGACUCUGUGCCGAAAGCGGAUGAUGCGGCGGCGGCCGAUGACAAGCAGCAAGAGCGCCCCUCUGACGGCGCCCGCGACGAGCAGCAACAGGCUGACAAGAAGCAAGAUCAGACCGACGCCGACGCGGAUCAACAAGAAGGCGCGGAGGACCAAGACACAUCCGAGCCCGAAGAGCGCGAAGGCGAAGAGGGCGAGGGUGCUGAAGAGGAGGAGAACGACGAAGCCGAGGUGCAGGGCGAGGGUGGCGGACGCCAGCUCGACCAGGAAGCCGAGCAAGGCGAGAACCUCGACCUCGACGAAGACCUCAACAUGGACGGUAGCGACGCCGACAGCAACGGCGACCGAGACGACGACGAAGACGGUCUGGACGAUCUCAGCGAUAUCGAGCAGAUGCCUGACGAUCGACGAGAAGACAAGGUCGACGACAAGGGGAUGGACGAUCUCAUGGACGACCAGCCCGACGCAUCCACCGAGGACAACAAACAGGCCGAAGAGACUGCCGAGGGUGAAGCAGCCGAGGAGGAGCCUGAGGACAACACCAAGGUGGACAAAGAUGAAGGCGAGGACGCAAUGGACGAGGAUGGCGAGGAAGACGGGCCCGAGGUGGACUCCAAGCAGGAUCGAACUGCGCAGGAAGAUUCCGCUGGAGGCCAACAAGACCAGCUCGAUCCUUUCGACAUCGACGCCGUCGAUCAAGGCGCCGAUCAAGGUGGUCAAGAUGAAUCAGCUACCCAACAGCAAUCCUCGCGCUCGCAACGAGGCCGCCGCGUCGAUGCCAGCAAAGACCAAUCGCAAGCCGAUCAAGGCCUGGACGUCGACGAUGCAGCCGACUCGGCACCGCAAGAGCAGGCAGACCAGCCACCCCCAGCAGGCCAACAAGGCGCCCGUGCGCCCCAGGCCGAGCGAGACGAAAUCGCCGGCGACGCCGACCAAGAAGGUGAGGCGGAAGCCGAUCCCAAUCCGCUUCGUCGAAUGGGUGAUGCGCUCGAGCAGUUCCGACGCAAGAUGCAGGAAAUCCAAAAGGCUCAGCAGGAAGAAGAGCAGGUUUCUGGUGAUAAGGCCGAACACGACGGUGAAGGUCUGCCGGAGGACACGGACGUCGAGCACGUCGCCAACGACGACGAUGCCGAGAUGCAAGCGCUGGGAGCUGCCCAGGAGCAAGACGAGGUCCGCAAGCUCGGAGACCUCGGCAUCGAAGACGAGGACGAGUCGCUCGGCGCCAAGCCCCGCGGGCAGGACGUCAACGAGCAAGAGGAGGCGGAGCAGCGAGAGCCUCAGCCUCUUCCCGAUCAGCCUGUCAAGGAGGAACAGAAGCAGACCGCCGAUGGCCUGCAGAAGGCGUUCAUGCCUUCGGACCUCAAAGCGUCUUCCUCUUUGACUGCGGAGCAGGAAGCGUUGCUCGACCGAGACGGCGAUGCCAACAUGGCUGACGAGCUCGAUGUCAAGAAGGAAGACUCCGACGAGGAGGCCAUGACUCCUCUACCGGAUGACGUCCGACGCGAGGCAGACGACGAAGUGCAAGCCGAACUCGAAGCGUUCCGCACCGCCUCCUCGGAAGAGCGUCUCGCGCGGGCAGGCGAUCUCUGGCGCUCGUACGCCUCCCUCACAGCCGACCUCGCCUUCUCCCUGUGCGAGCAGCUCCGUCUGAUCCUCGCCCCCACCCUCGCCACGCGCCUCAACGGCGACUUCCGCACAGGCAAACGGCUCAACAUGCGCAAGAUCGUGCCCUUCAUCGCGUCCGAUUUCGCCAAGGACAAGAUCUGGCUGCGACGCACCAAACCCUCUUCGCGCGAGUAUCAGGUCAUGCUCGCUAUCGACGAUAGUAGGAGUAUGGCCGAGUCGCGGAGUGCGCACCUGGCAUACCAGACGCUGGCGCUGGUGACGGGUGCGUUGAGUCGGCUGGAGGUGGGUGAUGUCUCGAUCUGCCGGUUCGGCGAGGAUGUUGAUAGUCUGCAUGACUUUGGGAGGGGGAGCUUUAGUGAUCAGAACGGCGCGCAUGUGAUCGAUCGGUUGGGGUUCACGCAGAGGAAGACGAAUGUGCUGCGGCUGGUGGAGAAGAGUUUGGAAGUGUUGGGCGAGGCGAGGGCGAGCCGGUCGUCGUCGAGCGCCAGCCAGGGAGGCGACCUUUGGCAGCUCGAGAUCAUCAUCUCGGACGGCAUCUGUCAGGAUCAUGCCAAGCUGAGAUCCUUGCUUCGACGCGCUGCGGAGCAGAGAGUCAUGCUCGUAUUUGUCGUCAUCGACUCGCUCUCGCCUCCUCCAGCGAGUGGGACGUCGACCCCCACACCGGGCACACAGCAACAGAGAAGCUCGAUCUUGGACAUGACCAACGCAUCCUACACCACUGACGCCAACGGUCGACUGCAGCUCAAGAUGGAGAGGUACAUGGACACGUUCCCCUUCGACUACUACGUAGUGGUGCGCGAGGUCGAGGCGCUCCCCGAGGUGCUGUCGGCGACGCUCAGGCAGUGGGUCGAGAAGAUUCGCGAGACGGAAUCGUGA